AAGUACGUAACAGGGGAUUGUGGGAAAUUGGAGGAACGCUAAGCGGGCCGCUUAAAGGGCCAGACUAAAAUUUGCGCGUCUUCGUAGGCAACUUUCCCGCCUUCAAGCGUUCAAGAUUUGGAAGAUCCUUCUGGCUGACAGUUGCUUUUUUUGGGUUUUGGUGAAUGAAUAUAAAGAAAAUGAAAAUAUUGCAUAUACUUCUCUGAGACCGAUACAGAUUACAACUAGAAGGAAAACAGCUAAGGUUUAUCUCUACCCGUUUUCGCUCAGCAAUCCCAAGCUAGGCCUGUUUAAGUUGUCCAAAUCCCCGGUUGAGAACGAGUCUAGCAGUGAAAUGGUCCAAAAAAAGACAGAUCAGAAGAAAACUUGUAGAAGGGUUUUAACUUCAAAGAUGAAGGCCUUAUCUUCCGAGGCAGAGUCCCGCCUGCUGAAACCGUCUUUGGAUUCUCAUACUGAAAGUAGCGAGCUGGAACACAAGAGCACCUCGGAUCCAGUGACUCCUAGUGUGGACAUGGAGAGCAGCGACGAAGACAGCGCACCAGGCCCGGAUGAUUUUUCAGGAUUGUCACCUUAUGAGAGGAAGAGAAUGAAGAACAUCAGAGAAAACGCAAACUUUUUUGCUUCCCUUCAGUUAGCUGAGUCAGCUGCAAGGCUCCGUGGAAUGAUAAAGAAGAACCAGCCACCUGAAUCAAAGAGAAAGAGGCCUAAGAAGAAAGAAAAUGAAGUCGGAUGUCGAAGGUCCAUGCGGUUGUUGAAAGUAGACCCUUUGGGAGUUUCAUUGCCAGCAUCUCUAACACAGCCAACGCUUGUAGAAGAAGAGACUCCUAUGAUACCUCCUGGACCCUUAGAAAUGAUUCCUGAAAACCAAGAUGACCGCAGCGAACUGUUCAAAGCCUCUCUGAAGACAUGGGCAGAGAUGAGUCAGACAAGUAAUGAGAAGACCAAGAAGGGGCUAUCUAGUAUUAAAAGCUACAAAGCCAGUUUAAGUGGUAUGGUCGUCAGCGAAGCCACUGUUCGUAAGGUGACCAAAGGAGCGAUCUCCUCUGUGGCUAUCCAUCCAUCGGGAGUGAGGACCUUGGUAGCAGCUGGGUCCAAGUCUGGACAAGUUGGACUCUGGGAUUUGACCCAGCAGAGUGAAGAUGGGGCGUAUGCCUUCUGUCCUCACAGCCAGCCUGUUAGCUGCCUUUCCUUCUCACCCACCAACCCAGCCCACCUACUGUCCCUGAGCUAUGACGGCACCGUGCGCUGUGGCGAUUUUUCCACGGCUGUGUUUGAAGAGGUGUACAGGAACGAGAGAAAUAGCCUGUCCUCCUUUGACUUCUUGGACGAUGCCUCCACUCUGCUAGUGGGACACUGGAGUGGACAUUUGUCACUGGUGGAUAGAAGGACACCUGGGACUUCUUACGAGAAGUUUAUAAAUUCGUCUUUGGAAAAAAUCAGAACUGUUCAUGUCCACCCGUUAUCCAGACAGUAUUUUAUCACGGCAGGAUUGAGGGACGUUCAUGUUUAUGAUGUCAGGUGCCUGAAGUCCGGGAAAAGCCAGCCUUUGAUCUCCCUGACUGAGCACUCUAAGAGCAUCGCCUCUGCGUACUUCUCCCCGGUUACUGGUAACCGAGUGGUGACCACAUGUGCUGACUGUAAGCUCAGGGUCUUCGACAGCAGCUCCUUAUCUUCCCAGUUUCCUCUCGUCAGCACCAUCAGGCACAACACUAUCACUGGGAGGUGGCUAACAAGGUUCCAAGCUGUGUGGGACCCUAAACAAGAAGAUUGCUUCACAGUUGGGAGCAUGGCCCACCCACGGCGGGUAGAAGUCUUCCACGAGACGGGGAAGAAUGUGCAUUCUUUUUGGGGAGAAUGUCUUGUAUCUGUGUGUUCCCUCAGUGUUAUGCAUCCUACACGAUAUAUUCUGGCUGGAGGUAAUUGCAGUGGGAGGUUACAUGUUUUUAUGCACCAAGAAACCUGAGUUAUGGGGUAGGGUCAACAAACUGUUCCAAUUGCUCUGUAGCUAAGGAACCUAGAGACUUGUUGGACUCAACUUCGUGCAUCUGUCUGGUCAUGUGGCAUACUUAGUAAAUAGAGCAUUGCUUUCCCAGGGAGACCUCCAUGCAGAAUGUGCUAAGAUCAUGGCAUGUUCCAGUGCACUUGUCCGCUUCCAGCACUUCUAAUUAGGCUGUAUUUUUCAAAAUUCUAACAUUCUAAAGUUUUCAGUGGUCAUUAUUAACCUUUUGUGGCAUAAUGAGACCAUUUUGAUGCAAUAGUAAUCUAUAGAUCUGUGAUUUACUUAGUUUGGGGUAAAUAUUUAUUUCUCAACACUGGACUAGGUCCUAGAAGGUCAUCUAAUUAUGAAACAUUAUUGAACUGCAGAGACUGUCCCAUGUUUGACAAGUAUUCUGCUGACUCAUACCCCACCUUUGAAACUUAAAUGGUUGUUUUGCUUUGUUCUUGAGACUGGAUCUUGCUAUGUAGCCGAGGUUAGCUUUGAACUUAGUCCUUCUGCCUCACUUUUCCAAGUGCUAGGACUGUAGGUAUGUACUGCAUGCCCAGCCAGAACUUAGUUUCAUAAGCUAAGAGCUGUUUUUGAGUCCUUGUAUCUCAGUUCAGUGUUACUUGAAACCCCAGAAUGGUCACUGGAGAACAGAUGGCUUCUAUGACUCGGGCCCACUUGGAGCUCUGUCCUCUGCCUCUGGGUGGCUCCUGAAAUGGCCCAGGACAGCACUGUGUUUUAACUCACACC